AUGAAUCCCGGGCACAAUCGCAAACCUUUUGUUGGUGGUAAUUUUAAAAUGAAUGGGUCGAGAACUAUGGUGAAGGAAAUAAUAGAUAGACUGAAUGCAUUAAAAUUGAAUGAUCAUGUUGAAGUGGUAAUCGCCCCACCUACGUUGUAUAUCGAUCAAGCCAGUAAGUCUGUUGGUGAGGGCAUUAGCAUUGCUGCUCAGAAUGCUUUUAAUUGUACUAAAGGGGCCUACACUGGUGAGAUCAGCCCUGAACAAUUAAAAGACGUUGGCGUUAAUUGGGUAAUCUUGGGUCACUCAGAACGUCGGGAUAUCUUUAAAGAGGCUGAUGAUUUUGUCGCUUCUAAAGUAGCACAUGCCUUGAGAACUGAUAUGAAAGCCAUAGUCUGCAUUGGAGAAAAAUUGGAGGAACGAGAAGCUAAUCAAACCAAAGAGGUUGUGAUCAGACAACUUCAAGCCGUGGCUAAUAAUAUCGAUGAUUUGAAAAAAUGGGAAAAUGUUGUGAUUGCUUAUGAACCUGUUUGGGCUAUCGGUACAGGAAAAGUAGCAACGCCAGAACAA